CGCUAAACAAAAUUAGCAACAAAUUUUUCUAUUUAGCUACAGAAUUUCCCCGUUGCUAAUUCGUGUUCUUUUUGCAGAGAAUGGAUAUUCAAGAAAGGAAAGAAGACCUUGAGUGUACCAAUUCAAGAAAAUCUGAUGAGUUUUUUGCACAAGCGAAGAAGUUGUUGGCAUUGGCAGGGCCACUAAUGCUAGUAAAUCUUUUAUUAUAUUCCUUACAACUGAUCUCUGUUAUGUUUAUUGGUCAUCGUGGAGAGCUAGCUCUUGCAGGUGCUUCCAUGGCUACUUCAUUUGCCUUUGUGACUGGCUUCAGCUUGUUGAUGGGAAUGGGAAGUGCGUUGGACACAUUAUGUGGUCAAUCAAAUGGUGCAAAACAAUAUCACAUGCUUGGUAUUCAUAUGCAAAGGGCAAUAUUUGUUAAUCUUUUGGUCAGCAUACCUCUUGCCUGUAUUUGGGCUAAUGCAGGACAUAUUCUUGUAUUCUUGAGACAAGAUCCGAAAAUUGCAGCCGAAGCAGGACAUUAUGCAUGCUUCAUGAUACCGAGCAUAUUUGCCUUUGGACUACUAGAAUGCCAGAUUAGGUUUCUACAAGCUCAAAACAAUGUCCUCCCCAUGAUGCUUACUGCAGGAUUCACCGCAUUGCUCCAUGUUUUCGGUUGUUGGAUUCUCGUGCUCAAAAGCGGCCUUGGCAGCAAAGGAGCUGCUCUAGCUAAUGCUACAUCUUACUGGAUUAAUGUGUCCUUGCUAGCUGCAUAUAUUAGGAUAUCGCCUUGCUUCAAAAAUACUUGGACAGGAUUCUCAACCGAAGCAUUUUCUGAUAUCCCAAGAUAUCUUAGACUUGCAGUUCCUUCAGCUCUUAUGAUGUGCUUGGAGAUAUGGUCGUUUGAAAUGAUGGUUCUUUUGUCUGGUCUUCUUCCUAAUCCGAAGCUAGAAACGUCAGUUCUUUCCAUCAGCCUUAAUACAUCUGCUAUGGUACAUAUGUUGCCUCAAGGACUAGGUGGGGCUGUAAGUGUAAGAGUUUCCAAUGAAUUGGGAGCUGGACGACCAAAAGCAGCUCGUCUUGCAGCGCGUACUGCAACAUUCUUAGCUACCACUGAAGGCAUUCUACUAGCUAUAGUCAUGGUUUCGAUUCGUAAAGUCUGGGGCCAUUGCUAUAGCAAUGAAGAAGAAGUAGUGACAUAUGUUGGGAAAAUGUUAAUCUUAAUAGCAGUAUCUCACUUCUUAGAUGCUCAUCAAUCUGUAUUUUCAGGUAUUGCUAGAGGGUGUGGGUGGCAAAAGAUAGGUGCAUUUGUCAAUUUGGGAGCCUUUUAUCUGUGGGGAAUACCUGCUGGUGCUAUGUUAGCUUUUGUCUACCAUGUUGGAGGAAAGGGGCUUUGGAUGGGAAUCAUUCUGGCCAUUUCUGCACAAGCACUGAUUUACUCUGUUGUUAUUCUAAGAACAAAUUGGGAUAAACAGGCAAAUAAAGUAGCAGAUAGGGUGAUUCAAGAAUCAACAUAGAAGAAAAUGGUAAAUGAGAUUGACAACAAGCACAAAGUAGAUCAUUUCCAUGCUCCAUCCAAAACUAUGUUGCUUGGACUCUUUAAAAAUUAAUGUCGAUGCGUGCAUGUCGGAUCCUCCAAAAGUAGUGCAUUUUUUGGGAUAAAUCAGGCUGAUUCCAAGGGCUUUUUCUGGAUAUUCCUUAGUGUCCUGACUAAUAUUCGUGGAAUGUAAGAAGCAGGUGACUAGUUUUUGGGAACAAAUCAAAGAAAUUUUUCGGAAUCCUACAAGAUUCAAUUUUUUUUUUUUAUUUUUUUUUGGAUAGAUGGUCAGAACUUCCUUCGACAAGGAAGUCAUCAUGCUUUCCGGUGGUCUCUGGAAACGCCUCUUGUAGGGUCUUCCAUGUCUGGAUGGUAUGUCUUUAGACAUCUCACAUGGAAGAUCGGGUGGAUCUUUCCCUCAGAAAGAAGAUGUAGUAGAUUUUAAGCAAAGAAUUAUAUGUGCACAACUUUUAAAAAUAUGGACAAAAUUUAAAUAGAAGCUAGAAACGAUUCAUUUGCGUAAAUCAACCUGA